AGCAGCAGCAGCCUCGUCGAGACAUACCGGUCCUAUGUAUCCGCCAUCAACGCCCGCCAGAUGACCACCAGCCUGCCGACGUUCUGCCAUCCCACUGUGAUUCACAACGGCAAGGCCCUCCCUCUGGCCACCUACCAGCGACUCAUGACGGACGCUCAGGCUGCGAUCCGGGACAUCACGUUCGCCAUCGACGGUCUCGUGGUAGAUGAGGAGAGGGGCAUGGUGGCUGCGCUGUUGAACUUUACGGGCAGAUCAGUUGGGGAGUUCGCUGGGGUGGACGGGACGGGAAGGGAAGUUCGGUUUGGGGAGAUCGUGUUCUACUGGUUUGUAGAAGGCAAGAUUUCUAGAGUCGUGAGUCUGGUAGAUUUCGAGACGUAUCGGGAGCAG